UUUACCACUUUCUCUGAACCUCUUACGCGGUCUCUUCUCUAUUUAAAGGAUUCAUAUCGCAAAAAAAAAAAAUCCCAAAUUCUCUCACAAACCCUAUCUCACAACAAUUUAAUUCCUAUUCCUUUUCUUAUCCAAUCAUUGUCUUCUCCGCGGUCACAAUUCAGGGAGAAAGAUUGAAAUUUAAACAUCAAGAUGCCGGCUACAGCAGGAAGGGUUCGCAUGCCAGCGAACAAUAGGGUUCACAGCAGUGCAGCUCUUCAAACCCAUGGCAUAUGGCAAAGUGCCAUUGGUUAUGACCCUUAUGCACCCAACAAGGAAGACAAGAAGGACUCUUCACAAAAUCUGCCUAAUGCAGAACCUGAUGCUGAGAAUGCAUAUGCUAGUUUUCAAGGUCUUCUACAGCUUGCUAAGAUAACAAAUGCUGAUGUGGAUGUAUCUCGUGGGGCCUGCAAGAAAUGUGGCCGUGUUGGACACCUUAAGUUUCAGUGCAAGAACUAUCUGAAAAUCAAGGAUGACAAUGAAGAGAAGGAUCCUGAUGCAAUGCAGCCUGUGGGGUUGGUUGGACUGGAUAAAAAGUUGAAGGCUGAGAAACUGGAUAGGAGAAGUAAUGUUGAGAGCUUAGAAGAGGAGGACAGUGAUAGUUCAGAUUCUGAGAUUGAUUCGGAGAUUGAGAGAAUUAUUGCUGAAAGGUCUGGGAAGAAAAUUAGUGGGAAGAGAAGUUCUUCCAAUAAGAAGGGGAAUUCAGAUGAUGAUGGAUCAGACAAAGAUUCUGACCAGAGGAGAAAGAGAGGUAGGUCAAAGAAGAGGAGUUCUAAGAGAAAAGUUAGUGAUUCAGAUGAUUCAGAUGAAGAGAGGAGGAGAAGGAGGAGGAAGAGAAGAAGGGAACACAGGAGGAAGAGGGAGAAGUCUUCAGAUGAAGAUGAUGAGCAUAGACGCAGGCAAAGGAAGAGUAGGAAAGAGAAAAGAAGAAGGAGAAGCCAUCUAUCAGAUUCUGAUUCAUCUGAAGAUUCCAUUGUAAGGCACAAGCGAAAGAACAAAAGAGCCUCAUCAUCUUCUGAAACUGAUUCAAGUGGUCAUAAUGAUUCGAGGAAGGGUAGGCAUGUCAACAAAUCAGAAAAGAGAAGGAGCCGUCACCAUGGGGUGAUGAAUGAUCGUUGUGGAAUUCAAUUUUAUGACCCUUGAUGAUUAUGAAAUUCAUGUGUAAUACAUCCUAUGCUGGUUUAGAUAUUGGACCUUGUGCUUGAGUUUCAGGUUUUGGACUAUCAGUUACUUUGACUAUUGCUUACUCCCGUUUAAGAUUAAAUAUUUUGCAGUGA